AUGGCAACCAACACCGGGUCGACCCCAAGCUCCACCGAAACGACGGUUAAAUAUGUGGAAGUUCUGUUUAAUACUAUAAACCACGUUCUGAUCGGAUAUGUUACCAUAUAUUUAUCCUACGUUUCGUACAUGAACGGUUUUUCCAACAUUUUCUCCUGGCAUAUUUUCCUGUGUGCCAUUGGGUACCACUUCUUUAUGGCGGAAUCAUUUCUAACUUUAUAUUCAUCCAACUCAUGGACAUCGAUGAAUGAUGCUGGUACAAAACGACACCUGCACUGGAUUUUACAAGCGAUUGGAUUCGUUACUAUAUUUGUCGGUACUGGCCUUGAGAUUUACUCAAAGGAGCAAAACAAACGGGCACAUUUCAAAUCCGACCAUGCCAUCACCGGCCUUGUUUCAAUGGUGUUUAUUCUGUUGUCAAUGUUAAAUGGAAUUGCUUCAUAUUUUGCUGCAAAAAUAAGGCAUAUUAUUCGGCCUAUCUAUGUGAAACUUUGCCAUUAUCUGACCGGUAUAGUAGCAUUUGUCAUUGGAAUGGUCUCACUAGCUUUGGAGUACUCGCCCAGAAGAAUGCAGUCAGUUGAGAAUAAAAAUAUGCUUAUUUCGUUCACUACGAUAGUCAUUGCACUCACUUUGAUUGGUGCGGUUAAAACGAUCUACGGUCAAAUGAAAGGAUUUUGCCGGUAA